CUGUAUGUCUUUGUCUCCCCUCUCUCGUUCGUCCUCACAGACCAUCACCGACACUAGCCCGAUGCGGCGCUCCACUUCCAGCCUGGUUCACGGGCGCACGGGCCGGAAUGUGAGGCUGGACGAUUACUCCCUGGAGAGGGUGGUAUCUGAGGAGGGAAGGCACGGAGGAGGACGCAGGCACCGGGAUAGGAGUCAUCGUGCGUCACAGCGCUCGCUGACCAGAUACACCGACGCAGACACGGGGCUCGGCACAGACCUCAGCACCACCACUCAAUCGGGCGACUUGCCACCCAAGGAGCGUGAGCGGGACCGCGGCCGGACCAAGGACCGCCGUCACCAUCAUCACCACCACCAUCACCACAGCUCUAUGGACAAGGAGCGCUACGGCCAAGACCGUCACGACUACCCUCCCAGGCAUCCACCCGACCACCACUGGUCCCGGUCGCCCAGCGAGGGGCCUGACGGGCGAGGUCACAGACAGGGCAGUAGUUCGGUGAGCGGCAGCCCGGUCCCCUCCACCUCUGGGACCAGCACUCCACGGAGAGGUCGUCGCCAGCUGCCCCAGACCCCUGCUGUCCCCCGUCCACAUGUCACCUACUCUCCCGCUGUUCGCAAGCCCAGCUACGGGCCCCCAGGGCCAGGCCGUCUGCGCUCACCCUCGCCCCGACACUUCUCCCCACCAGAUCACGACAGAGGCUACCACCACCGACCCCCGUCACGCCAUGGCUCUCCCCAUCACGGGGGUUCGUCAUCGCGACACGGCUCACCACGCUCCCCGAGGCACCAGUCCCCACGCUCACCCCUCCACGGCUCACCUAGGUCCCCUCACCGAGGCCGCUGGAGUGGGCCUCCGCCUGGGGACAGCCUGGAGGGAGACGGGCCCUUUUAUGAGCAUGAUUAUGAGUAUGAGCGGCACCAUGAGCCCCCUGCCUAUGAGCAAAGCCUCUCCCAUGGAAACCCACACCCACAUGGGGGAAAUCCCCACCCACACCCACGCUCACCAAGGACUGCCCGCCAUGGGCCCCCUCCUCCCCCUCACCCGCACCCACGGAGGGUCCCCAAUGGCUACCGUUCAUCCUCACCUUCCCCGCAUCGACGGGGACCACCCGGGGCACCCCCCCAUCCGCACCACCGCCCCCCUCAUGCCAGAGGGCCCCGCAAGGGCCUGCAUGAACCUUACAGUGAGACGGACGAAGAUGACUGGUGCUAGCGAUGACAGGGAGCGAGGAAUACGGGCAGGAGAGGAGAAGAGUAGCAGCAGCCUCCGGUGCUCUGGCCUUGGAUAUGUAGACUUUUAAUAAAGCAGUGGUGGUGGAAAGUUGAGGGGGGUUGGACUCCCCCCAAACCCUCUACCCUCACCCCUCGGACUCUGAAUGAGAAAUGAGAGAAAGGGGCGGAGGGGAGGGGGGUGAUGGUGCUGCUGUAGCCUUUUACACAUUUUGUGUAGGACUCAAAUCAGCGACAGAGCAGCACACGAAUAUAACCAGAAAGACACAGCCAAGAUAGCUAGGGCAAGGCCCAGGCACAGUUUACCUCUGCCUCUCUGUCUCAGAACUACACUUCCCAGAAUUCUCUGCUUGACCAGCAAGGCCAGGCUGCAGGAGAAAGAGAAGGCGUGGGAACAGAAAACAAGGGAGGAGCAUGACGCUGUAAAACCGGCCGUUGAUCAUUGCUGUUUACGAGGCCUAAAAGCACUUCUCCCAGACUGACGUGUGAUUAGUUAGUUUCAUCAGACGUGUGCUAUCUGUCGCCGGCCAGUUUGCUGAUGUUAAAGCCUGAAAACGAGAUGGAACGCAGCUCCACUGAUAUGUUUAAAGAAAAAUACUCAAAAAGCCAGGACCCCCCCAACCCUUACAUGCCAAGCUAUGCCUCCAGAAAAUCAAACUUGAACAAUGAAGAACAAAAUGAAUCUUUACAUGACAAACAAUGAAAAGAAAAAAGGGAGAACAACCACUUUAUCUAUAACCUUUUUCCUUUCCAAGGGACAGAACCAGGAAGCUCCGCCUAUACUGCAAAAACCAGCCAAUCACAGCGCUGGCUGAUAUUUGAUGAGUUUUAUCAUCUCUGUUUACUGUUAAAGACUCACCUAAUGCUGACGGAACUGGUGUGGCAUCACUUCCUGUCCGGCGGCGGUGGUACUGGAGGGGGGGCGGGCCACGGUGUGGGCUCACUUCCUGUUUGAGUCCGCUACGGGGGGGCCAACUCAGUUAACUAGAGAAGGAAGUCGGACACUCGCUAAAGGCUCCUCCUCCUCGGUUACUCAUCUCAGUGCACGGCGAAAGGGUGACCUGACAGGAAAUGACAUCACACGGUUGACUGGGGCGGAGGAGAGGCAAGGAGGGAUGGGGAAAAAGACUAAUUUCUUCAGUAUUUCUUCUAUCGAUUACUUCUCCUUCUUGUUCUUCUUCGGACAUUGGAGCUUGGUUCUUCUGUUGCAUUCGCUCAGCCUCCUUUGGUCUUUUUCCGAGUCCAAAAAAUUUGAUGGAAACCUGCAUGAUUGAUUAAAUACAUACUAGAGAGGAAAUCUAACUGGUGUGGGUGGGACCUGGGGGCUUUAUAGGAAACUUUGCUUCUUUAGGUUUACAAAAGAAGUUCUCUUCUUUCAAUCUCUCUCUCUCUCUCUCUCUCAUCUUAGACGUAAUUUUCGUAUUGCCCGAAACAGGCUUUGACAGUCGGCUAAUAUCUUUGUCUCGGAUUUCUGCCGAUAGAGUUUAACGGCUACAUUUCUGCAACCUGUUAAACGACAGGAAACGCUGCAGGAUCACGUUAAAGUUUCCUGUUGCUCCUGAGAAACAAGAGGGAGAAAGAGUGGAGAGUAGCGGACUUCUACCACACUUGAUUUAUUAUUGUUAAUGAUGAUAGUCUUAUGAAUAAUGAUAUCAAUGUCAAUGCAAAAUGACGAUGACAAUGAUGAUUGACUGAAUGAUAGAACUGUUGCUGUAGAUUUGUUGUCAUGUUAUUUGGAGUUCAAGUUGGCUAUGCUACGUCCAUCUUGUUUACAUCCUUUAUGUUUUUAUUCCCCUGUUUAAUAACGUUUACCGGGUUCCUGAUGCCUUCAUGGAACGUUUCGGGGCAAUGCCGGCUUGGGGAGCUUUUCACUUUGCAGCGUUGCGUGUUGUAAUGCAACUCUCUCUGCAGAAGGGAGGGGGAGACCAGGGGAGUUUCUCUGUACCUGACUUGCAGUGAUCGGUGGGGUCAGUACUCUUGUCAAGGCAACCCAAAGAUCAAGAAUUCAUGUUCAGUGCCAGGGGUAUUUCAGUUUGUCGAGCAUGAAGAAACUUCUCCUCUUUCCACUGCAGAGGAUUGAGUCUAGUUUUAGUGAGGUUAGAGUUUUACCAAGGUUGAAUUCUUCCACUUGCUGCCAAAAAACUACAAAAUCUCUAUCUUUGUUUGGUUCUGUAGUUUCUAACAAAAUCGGUUGCCAGUAGUGACAGCACAGUAUUGGUGGAACAGUGUUGGUGUGAGUAUUAGGUGGUGGUGUUUUUAUUUUUGCCACCAGGGUGCAGUUAACAGCACACAUUUUCCACCCUGCCUUCCCCCUCUACAGGACAGCCUCCAGGCCACAUCCUCGUUUCUAGACCUUCUCUUAUAUCUUAUCUAGGUAAGAUAUACAGACAGAAGUCUGGUCCUGGUCAGGACACGUAGGAUGUAGCCUGGGAAAUGCCAUAUCUGUCCGUCUGUAGGUCUGUCCCUCUGUCUGCCUGACUGUGCCAAUGCUGACCCCCACUCCAGCCCCUACUCUCAGGUCUGGAUAACCAGAGAACAGUCACCAAAUCACCGAUCCAAUCAUGUGAGGUUGUAGCAAAGCUGACACCUCCUCUGCCAAAACCCACUCCGGUAUCCACCAACCUCUCUUUCCUCAUUUACCUUUUUCUGUCCAUUUACUUUAACUUCCGUUCCUUCGUUCUUGCCAGGGAGUGACACUGAGGACACUAAAGGCAUUACAGGACAGAAACACUUUAUAAUUCAUCCUUAUUUUCAUGAGGGACAACAAUUAUUUAUUGACUAUUCAAUAACUCUAAGACAAGAUGAUAAAAUAGAGAUGAUAUAGAUGAUAACCUACAGAUGAAUCUAAAUAUAAUGCCGUAGAUGUAGUUAUAGAUAACAGACAGAGAAUAAAUAGAGUUUCAGAUAUUUAUUUAUUUUGAACACCGUUCAUGCUCAUGGCACGGUAUACGAAUUUAGCUACUCUUUUAACCUCGCACUGUUUUCUCCGCAGUUGGAGAAGCCGGUACACGAACCCCAGUUCACAAGUUUUGACUCUAUGCAGACCUCAUAAUAUUCCUCAUCGUAUUAUUUUGGAGGAGAAACUGCGACGCUGUGGUACUGUAAAACGGAUUAAUGAAACUGGAGCCCGCGGAUCUGAGAAAAUGUGAAGAUCGACACCACUUUUGCACACGUCACUCGACAUCACACCCACAAUGACACCCUUGUCUUUCAUGGGCCUCUGUCGCUGUCUUUUUCCCCCUCGUCUUCCGGGCUGAUUCCUUUUCCCUCCCCCAUCUUUCUCUCCUGUCCCGAAAUGUGUUGCCUCCACGCCUCCUCGUCGAGCAUAGCGUAGUGAUAAUGGGGAUAGGGGAUCUGUUUUUGCUGAUUGUCUAUAUGUCAAGGUGUCGAGGGGCACAGACCUGAACCCCCUCUGCUUUUACCUUCCUUCUAGAGAGGUUACAGCAGGCGGGGAAGCUUCCCCAAAACCCCCCUACAGAGCCACAGUGCCUUCUGUAUCAGAGUCCCAUUCGUCACCCCCCAAUCUCCUCACCCAAAGCCAAUCCCGUCCGCCACCUCCUCACCCUCUGUAGUAGAUGAGAUCAACCACACUACGCCUUAAAAGUCGAGUCCCACCGGCUCCCGUGCUAACAUAGAAAAUAUGUUAAAAAAACGAGACUGGGCCAAGGUGAGGAAAAAGCCAAGAGUCUAAACUUGACAAAGGGAAAUCAGGACUAUGGACUUCGUCGCUGAAAAUUCAUUAAAAACAAAAAAAAUUUUACGGCUUUUGCAAAGUUUGUCAAACAAUCAAAAGAGCCGCGCGGUUUUUGACUUUAAAGACUCAAAUGGUCAUUGUUACCCUCUUGGCUUCACCUCCCUGUCAGGCGUGGCACACGGGCGCCAUUUUGUGUCCAUCCCGGAGAUGUCCUAGGUCCAGUUUCAGGCGGUGUAGUGAGAGGUUUACAGAGGUGCAAAGCGGUUCGCUUACUUCUCAGGUCCCUCUAGAGUUAGGUAGCUAGAUAGUUAGACAAUGUGGGGAAGAGUCGGCUACAAAACCAGCAGGCCUCGGAUUGAGUUAUUGUAUGGUUUUACCUGGCAUUGCGUCAGACAUUUUGACCCCACCCCCUCUCUCCUUUCACUAACCCACAUCAGUAGCCUGCAGCAACACUCCACACCAAGUGUGUUGACGGACAGGCCGGAAAAACCCACCUCCAUUUUUGGCUCCACGACACCACUCGCUUGUCCAGAAUUGUAACAGCGGAUCCAAAAUGGCCGACACACAACACUGCCCUUGUGUGAAAGCAUGUUGUGUGCGUACUUUCCGAGAAGAAAUCGUAUUCUUUGGAAAACAAAAUGAACAUUUGAUCUUUUUUUUUGUUGUUGUUUUGCUUCUAUUUUCUUUUUGUGAACGGGAUCGUGGGGGGUUGCAAGUUUAUUUUUUUGCUCAGUCACCGCUUCUCUUCCACAUCCGCUUUCUGUGUCGUCACCUCCAGCUUCCGUCACCCAUCGGCCCCUUGAUUCAUUAUUUGUUUCCCAUUGAUUCUUCGUCCCGGCACGAAGGAAGACCUACACCAACCCAUCCACUCAGUCGGAUGUGAAAUUGUGUCAGUGGGUCAGUCGUGAGGCGCCGUGUCAACAGAAACACGAAUAAGGGCUCUCUUUAAAAAAAACAACUUACCAGUGGGUUUAGUGUAAAGUAGUGCUGCCAAAAGUUGUGCUUAUGUAGCUGAAGCCACGCCGUGGUCUCCCCUUUGUACAGCACUAGAUGUGUGCAUGCGUGUG